ACCUAUCCCCCAGGACCCACCCACACUUUCCAUUCCUUUCCCCAACUUCAAGGCACCCAAUCCAUCAGGAGUGAAGAGCGGGCUCUGUCACUCCACCUCUCUCUUAUUCUAACCUGACCCAGGGUUCUGGGGACCGUCAAACUAUUUAGCCUGAUUGGGAGUAGGGGGCAGUGGGGCCUAGUUUUCAGGGUUCUAAAGCUGAGCUGCCAUGGCAACAGGGGGAAAUAAACACUCUGGGUCUCACAGUCCAAGUUCUGUGAUGAUGUCAUCCCAAGCUCCAGCCUGCUAGGUCCUGUGGCUGGCUGCACCCCAGACAGCCGCAGCUGCUCAAGCCAGAGGAUCGACUUCCUUCCCAACCCCCACGCAGCCUCUGGAGAGGGGGAAAGAGUGGACACAGGGGUUUGGGCAGGGGCGUUUGGAACAGGUUCUACACAGGUCCAGCUCCUUGCCUACUACUUGGGUCUCUCAGUAGCUGCUGUUGCCGCCUCCUUGGCCUUAGCCAUGAAGCUGGCCAAGGGGGCCAAGAACUCUGUGUUUUAUGGGCAGCACCCAGAGGAGAAGGUUCAGGUGCCGUCACGGCAGGAGGUAAAGCAGACCCCUGUGAUCAUGGCAAUGAUCAAAGGUCCGGGCCCUGCCAAAUACCUCCGGCCAUCCUGCACGGGUUAUGUAGACCAUGACAUCUCCAUGUUCCAGGAGCCAGCCUACAGUCUGCACACACGGCACUCGGAGAAGCGGGUCACAGACAUUUGCAGCCCUGGGCCUUGCUAUUUCUUCGAUCCCAAAAUAACUCGGUUUGGAAUGUCCAGCUGCACGCAGGUCCCUAUGGGAGAGCGCAUCUCUAACCUGUGCCUGAGCCCCAUCCCAGCCUCCUGCCAUUACGACCUAGAGAAGACCCACCCACCCGGGGAACGCAGGGCUCCCCAGUAUGCUUUCGGCUACCGGUGGCCGUACCGGGUGACAGACCCCAACCCAGCCCCCAACAAGUACCAGCUGCCACUCUUGCUGGGGCCCAAUAACCCUGUCAGCCGAGCUGCUCCUUGCUAUAGCUUGGCCUCUGAGCACAAGAACUGGUUCUACAAGGAGAAUGUGGCUGGAGGCCCUGGGCCGGCCACACGCUCCCGUCCUGAGCCCUCUGUCUACCAGAACCGCAGCCCCAUCUAUAGCAUGGCCAAGCGAUUUGCCUACCCGAUGGACCACACACCUCGGCCUGGCCCUGGCUCCCAUGAUGUCCAGAAGGUCACGGUGCACAAACCCCGAACACCUGCUUUCACCAUGGGCGUCAAGCACUCACCCCACCUGUGCCCGCUGGUCAUCGACAUUCACGACUAAGGCCCCUCCUGGUGCACUCACCCACCCCUCCCCACAGAAUUUAUUUUUCUGUACCAAAUUGAGCAAUUUACUGAGAUUUUGAGUAACAGAGUUGGUGCCCGCUAUGUCUAGCUCACAGAAGGCAUUAAAUAAAUAUUUUCACUUA